AUAAGUGAGAGGUUCCCUCAGUCGAGCACAAUGAGGCAUUCCGUUUGGAAGGGCUUCUUUUUCUUCUUGACUUUUAUUGGUGGCUUCAUAAGACCAACCACGUGUCAAUUUUGGUUCGAACAAACGGAUUCCGAGAUUCUGCGAUAUGAUCGAUUAGAUGAGCAAACUGACAUUGGAACGGCUGUAACAGAAGAUUACGCUGGAGCAAUGGAUUACCGAUGGUUUUUGAAUGAAGCUGACAAUGAUUCACCUAAAGCUGCCCAUUUGAAAGUGGUCAUGAAGCACAACCAUAUUGCCCCUGUUUCAGAUUACUUGGAGCCAAAUAUUUCGGCUGAAGUUCGGAUGAAGUACGUCAAAGACGCCGUUCAAUUUGGGAUGUUACAACCCUCCAACACCAACAACCAUGGGUUCGAACGGAAAGGAAUGGAUCACUUUCUCAUGGGUACAAAUGAUUACCUUAACGGCAACAUAGCAGAAUACAAUCUUAGAUUGCCUCGUCUCCCCAAGCUCAAGCGCUCGGUUCUCUCGUUCCAUCAUUUAUGUGGAACCAAGUCUUCAGUUCAACCAGAGGGCGAAUGUCAAAUUUGGGUAGAAAUGACAAAGGCCAACUGGUCCGACCAGCGAGGAAGCCUUAUCCACAAAAUUGAUCCAAUCAGGUUCUUCAACAAUAAAACAGUUCACACAAUCUCGGAAUGGCAGCACGAAAAGAUACCUAUACCCCCUUUGGUUGAAUUUGAAACUUUUCGCCUGAACUUGCGGGGGCGCCACGACAAGGACAAUGCAAUUCUUGGUCUGGAUAACAUUCAUAUCGGAACUCGAGAGCGAUGCUCUCCCAGGUGA